AUGACACUAAGCGCGGAGCAGGAUGCACAAGACCUGAGAACCUUUCUUCUUAGGGCAGAGGAAGACAAAAAGCGACUAACACAAAGAAUUGAGAAACUAACGGCCAAUGCCUCUGCCGUCUCCGUUCAGUCAUGCGAAGAAUCUCACGAGAACCAAAAGCUCCGGCUGGAACGAGAUGAAUUGCAGCUCAUGCUUAAUCGAUUAGAAACAAGGGUCCAAGAGGCCAGAAAUGAGAUCCACCGCCUCCAUCAUGACCUCUAUGACGCGCAUAACUGCGGUGACAGGACCUCCACUGCCCAACAGGAACUCCUCAGCCGCUUGGAGAGCGGUAACGAACACGCUCAGGCAGAGAUCAGCCGCCUGACGGCAGAACGGGACAGUGUUGUUGCAAAGUAUAAGAAGAUCCUGGAACUAGAGAAUCAGGACAAGCUACGCCACAAUAAACAGAUGGACUAUCUGGAGAAGGCUCUGAGCGAGGCUACCGCAGAAAGAGAUGAGGUGAUGGGUCGUGUGAACGGUCUGCGUCGGAAAUUGGAGGACCUGCAGUGUCAUCAAGUUCAAAUUGAGCAGAGACUGACAGAGAAACAGGAGAAGUUGAAAGGUGGCGCCCAGUUGCCGGAUAUCCUUAUGGGAAUCUAG